GAUUAGAACAACGGAAUAAAGUGUUACCAAGAACGGUUGCAGACAGUUACAACUUACAACCUUUCAAUAUUGCACAUUUAUGAAACGACGCAACAUUUCAUAUCCAUCUGGAGGAUAAAGAACCCCUACUAAUAGCGGAGUAACGAAUAUUCCCCAUCAUUUUCCAUUCAUGAAAUAUCCACAGGGAUCAAACACAAUACUCCAAACGUUUGGUGAUCUUCUUUAAUAAACUUCAAACUUGAUUCUUCUUCUUCAUUUCUCUUCAAUAUUCAAAGCCUACACAUCUUUUGAUCCCAAUAGUCUCGAAAAAUGGAGCAAAGUGAGGGACCAAUUGGGAUCAAAAUCUACAGUGCAUCACAACGUGUUGAUAAUACUACUUCUUCUAUGUACAAUACUAAUUUGCCACAAGAUGUUCCAAUCCCAGAAUUGCCGCAACCAGCAUUUGGUGGCAAGAAAAGAAGAGCAAUGGCAAAUGGGGUUCAAAAAACACUUUCAAAAACGUCAUUGCUUGUGAAUUUUCUCCCAACAGGAACACUUUUAACUUUUGAAAUGCUCCUUCCAUCAGUUUUUGGCAAAGGUGAUUGUUCUCCAAUUACCACACUGAUGAUUUUGUCACUUCUUGGCAUUUGCACUUUGUCAUGCUUCUUCUUCCAUUUCACGGAUAGUUUUCGCGGUCCGGAUGGGAAAGUUUACUAUGGAUUUGUCACUCCUAGAGGGUUGAAAGUUUUCAAGACUGGACUUGGUGUGGAAGUGCCAAAAGAUGAAAGGUACGUUGUGGGAUUCACAGAUUUCGUACAUGCAAUGAUGUCUGUAUUGGUGUUUGUGGCAAUUGCAUUUUCGGAUCAUAGAGUGACACUUUGUUUAUUCCCUGGACAUGCAAAAGAACUUGAUGAAAUCAUGAGGAGUUUCCCAUUAAUGGUGGGAGUUAUUUGCAGUGGACUUUUUCUUGUUUUUCCUACUACUAGAUAUGGCGUUGGAUGUAUGUCUGCUUAGCAAUUUCGAGUAUUAUUAUUCUAGUUUUUUUUUCCCGGGAUUAUGUUUAUGUUUUGUAGGUUUUUUUUCUUUUGUGUCCUAUUUUCCAAGUAUAUGUGUUGUUUAUUGUAAUUUAAGCAGUUUCUCUGUAUUUUUGAUCAAUUGAUAACAGUGGAACGGUGUUUAGAUCUAUGGAUUAAUAUUUUUUAUUUUUUUAAAAAAAAAGGGAUCAAACACAAACUCACAAAAUCAAAGCAUUAGGAUUAAUUUCUGAAAUGCCCGUUAUCUUAUUUAUCUCAUUUGGGUGUUUAAAGACUUCCUAGCAAGUACUCGAUCAAUAGCUCUGUCAUGCAUAUUUCUAUAGUGAAAAUAUCUUUUGCGAUACUAAUUUCAAACGGGUCAUAGAACUUGUCACAGGCAGUGAAAACUUGCCAAGAAUGAAUGGGUAAUUGUUCUUGUAAAUAAACGAUUUCAUCUUUGACAUUUGUGUGAGGGUAAGGCUAAGCUUUUGGGCAAAUGAAAU